UGCCGACGUCACGCCGUCCCCGUUACCAUGACGACGACACCGCCGCUCUCUGAAGGCGUUCACAACUUCCUCCGCCGCAGUUCAGGAGUAAACACAACCAGUAACGGCAUGCUGUUCUGAGAGGUUAGUGAACUGACGCACUCAAAAUGUUAAAAGGAGUCAGUGUGAGUGGUUUUGAUGCACCACAAGUUAACGAUGACGUCGAGGAGCGGCCAAAAUGUGACAAGGCGGCGAUAGACGCAGAAGACCUGGAGUCAAAGCUUUUGGAGAUGCCAGAGAGGAAACAUGUUGAUGCCCUUCUGGAUAUUAGUGAGCAGAGCUUCAUGAGAGAUCUGGAACCGCAUGAGUGGCAUUGUUACCCCGGUUGGGAACAUGCUGUCCACGGUUGGGGCAGAGUCUCUCCUUUGUGCUGCGUGAUGAUGAGUCAGAAGGAGACAGCAAAGCACAAGGAGUCUGAAAGCCUGGCCACUUCGGGGUUCAACCGAACGCCCCCUAAAGUAGGCAGCACAGCCAGCCUGAUGGAGCAGCACUGCAAGCCAAAUGCAGGCCAGCCUAACGUAAAGGAAGCUGCAUCCCUGAGCCAUCAACCGGGAUCUCAAGAUCAAGCAACAUCACCUUGCCACAGUCCCACUCAGAAGCCAGGUUCCUCGGAGAAGAAAAGGGUGGCACAAGAGACAAGUCCAGUGCUUCGCCAAGCCUCACAAUCUUCUCCUGUAGAGAGCCGAGCCCUGAAAGUUCAGAAGCACACCAUCAGGCAUGAUGUCACAACGGUCCCCAUCAAAAACUUUAAAUUUUUGCCUCCUAUCAAUUCACUCCAGAAGGACAACAAAGGCAAGAAGAUGGCAGACGUAAAAACCGUUAGCAGGCUUAAGAAGGGGAUCAAAGCAACUCAGACAGGACUGGAUGCUACGGCUAAGUUAGAGCGUCCCCUUUCCUCCCCAGCCUCUACUGACAGCCAGGCGCAAAGCCCCAAUUUGUUCCCCAAUGGUUGUGGUUCUGUUACGAGCAGGAGGAAAUCAACCGUAUCUCCCAAAAUGGACACAUUGCAUCCCACAGCGUUCUCUCUGGGGAACAACAUGCCACGAGGCAUCCAUCCCCUGGUAGCCACCAAGAGUCUGCUCAUCUAAGAAUCAGAACUUUGUGUGUUACAUGAGGCUUUUGAAGCAAAUGUCUCCUCACUGAUGGUCAAAUUCAAUCAAAUAAAUGCAUGGAAAGUUUAA